AUGGCCAUUGUAAAAUUACUGAAAAAAGUACAUGGAUAUCUAUCCAAUAAUGCAAUCGUGAAAAUUGAAAAUGGAUCGUUUGCAAAUCUUCCCAGCUUAAAAUAUUUAGAUCUAUCCAAUAAUGCAAUCGUGAAAAUUGAAAAUGGAUCGUUUGCAAAUCUUCCAAACUUAACUGGAUUAUCUCUAUCCAAUAAUGCAAUCGUGAAAAUUGAAAAUGGAUUCUUUGGAAAUCUUCCAAACUUAACUGGAUUGGAUCUAUCCCGUAAUGCAAUCGAGAAAAUUGAAAAUGGAUCGUUUGCAAAUCUUCCGAAAUUAGAACAGAUAGAUCUAUCCAAUAAUGCAAUCGUGAAAAUUGAAAAUGGAUCGUUUGCAAAUCUUCCAUACUUAUUUGAAGUACUUCUAUCCAAUAAUUCAAUCGUGAAAAUUGAAAAUGGAUCGUUUGCAAAUCAUCCGAGAUUAACUGGAUUGAAGCUAGGGAAUAACAAAAUCUCGACUAUUGAGCAAGGAACAUUCAGGAAUCUUUCCGGCUUAGAGUAUUUGUUUCUACAGAAUAACAGUAUAUCGACUAUUGAGCAAGGAACAUUCAAGAAUCUUUCCAACAUAAGGGGGUUGAAUCUAGGGAAUAACAAAAUCUCGACUAUUGAGCAAGGAACAUUCAGGAAUCUUUCCAACAUAAAGUAUUUACUUCUAUCCGACAAUAAAAUCUCGAAAAUCGAAAGAGGAUUAUUCGAAAAUCUAACCAGAAUUUGGACUUUGUAA